UGGAAGCUUUCGUUUUAAUGUGACAGUUCGAACCCCACGAAAAGGGACGUGGUCACUCGAAGACGUCAAUAUUUGAUGCACGUACCUAAUAUACUGCAUACAGUAUGUGUUAAGUUAGCAUUGGCGGUUAAAUACAGUUAGUACUUGCGAAGCUUCAGGGGAUAUCUAUCGAAGUUGGCAAGGUUCUUGGUUAGGUAUGUAACCGUAUGUUGGUCUCACUUCAGCGAUACAACGGCCAUAGGCCCUAACAGCCUUGGAACUAUCGCUCUUUUCCCUCUCUUAAUGCUUCUUCUAGUUAUAUCAUCUCAUGACUCUACUUUGGCCCUAUUUGAACAAGUGGGCAACUAAAAUAGAUAUUCGUAAAUAUGAUACUUCGGCGACGUCUCUGGUUCCCAAUUGGGGCCGUAACACUCCUCAUCUUAUCCUAUUACUCCUGGAAUAACCGGGAUAGCUACAAGUGGACCGGAACAGGUUCUAGCAGUACGACCAAAAUACCACAUUUCGAUCCUCAUAUCAUUGAGGACGAGAACUACUUCUGGAAGAAAUUGCCUAUACAUUAUCCAGUAGAUGAUAUCAAGCCCUUGCCCACAGGAAAACCAUUGGCACUUCCUAAGAUUCAGAAUGUCUUUGCCAAAGAAUCCAACAAGGAUGCAGCUACACGAAAAGAACGCCAGGAAGCCGUCAAAAAUGCGUUUCUUCGGUGUUGGCGCUCUUACAGAAAAGAUGCCUUCAGAAAGGAUGAGUUGACCCCUAUCUCCGGACAAUCCAGAGAUACUUUUGGAGGCUGGGGCGCCACGUUGGUUGAUAGUUUGGAUACGUUAUGGAUCAUGUCGCUGCGUGAAGAAUUUGAGGAGGCAGUUGCUGCUGCUGCCGAAAUCAGCUUCGAUACUACCUCACUCAACCCCAUAAAUGCCUUUGAGACCACCAUUCGCUAUCUAGGCGGCUUUCUCGCGGCUUACGACCUGAGUGGCGACCAGCGGCUACUGCGAAAAGCUAGAGAGGUCGGCGACAUGCUUUACAAGGCAUUUGAUACGCCCAAUCGCAUGCCCAUUACUCGCUGGGAUUUUGUCAACGCCGCUGAGGGUGGUAGGCAAGAAGCCCCCGAAACGGCCUUGGUUGCGGAAGUUGGGUCUCUCUGCAUGGAAUUCACGCGCUUAUCUCUAGUUACUGGAGACCCGAAAUGGUUCGAUGCGACCGAGAGGGUCAGGGAAGUCUUUGAGCAGCAACAACAAACCACCAAACUGCCUGGCAUGUGGCCUAUCACUAUUAAUCCCAGGGAGAAACGGUUCAAUAUCGACAGCACUUUUGGGCUAGGGGCAAUGUCAGAUAGCACAUAUGAGUAUCUGCCCAAGAUGUAUGCACUAAUGGGUGGUCUUUUGCCCUCUUACAAAACUAUGUACGAGGAAUCGAUGAAGACCGCCUUGAAGCACAACUUCUUCCGGCCCAUGGUUCCUGGUAUGGCCGACAUACUGGUAUCGGGUAAUAUACAUGCAGAGCAUGAAGACGGGAAGACCGUGUACAAUCUCGAACCCCAAGGUCAGCAUCUGGUCUGCUUCGCUGGAGGAAUGCUAGCGGUCGGCGGGAAGCUAGUUGGGAACUCGGAACACCUGGAAGCAGCCAGAAAACUGGUGGAUGGCUGUAUAUGGGCUUACAAGGCAAUGCCGCUGGGUAUAAUGCCUGAGGUUUUUUACAUGGCCCCAUGUAAGUCCGACACGGAAUGUGAAUGGAAUGAAGCCACAUGGAAAGAGAUAGUGAUGUCGCAAGCGGACCGGGAGGAUAUCAAGGACAUGAGCGUGACAGAUGAAAUCAUCUCGAAACUAAGGCUACCGAAGGGGUUUACAAGUAUCCCCGAUUGCCGUUAUAUCCUACGACCGGAAGCCAUAGAGAGCGUCUUCGUCUUGUACCGCGUUACUGGUCGCCCGGAUCUUUUGGAGUCCGCAUGGGCUAUGUUCGAAGCGAUCCAGAACAGCACGGAGACGCCUCUGGCAAAUGCCGCCCUGGACGAUGUAAAAGUGGACAGCAACCCCCCUCAGGUUGACUCGAUGGAGAGUUUCUGGCUGGGGGAGACGUUGAAAUAUUUCUACUUAAUCUUCAGCGAACCGGAUGUGAUAAACUUGGAUGAAUGGGUCUUUAACACGGAGGCUCAUCCUUUUAGAAGGUUGCUUCCGUGAACUUGAGCGAGAUGAGUUGCGGCAUGCUCAGCGAGGUAUUCGGGUUUUCUUUCAAAGGGUUAAGUUGGUGGGCUUUGGGUAUAUACGUAGGUUGAUGAGGGUAAUGGGCGAAUGUGAAGAUAUACAUAUAUACAUAACGUAGGUAGAUAAAUAUUGGAGGAUCUCAUACAUGACAUGUAGAUACCCUAGUAAUGCAUAUAUUCAAUGA